AAAGAAUAUAAUAAAUUAAAAUAAAACAACUCUUAGUCAAAUAAAUGUCAAAUAAACUCAAUGUCGUCAAAAAUUAACCUAAAAUUUGGCGAAAAGUUAUCUGAAAAGUUAAAGCAAUAGAAUUUAAACUUGCAAUUUAUACAAAUAUAUAAAAAAUAUAAAUAAUUAAAUAAGUGUUCAAUUAUAUAUUUUAAAUCAGAAGUGUUAUGACUUUGGGAAGAUAUCGUUUUCUGUCAAUAGUUGACUAUAAAUCUUCAUUAAUUAAGAAGUGGUGGAUUCAAAAUAAUAAAACAAAAUCAUACUUAUUUCAAACUACUUUUAUAUCAUUAAGUAACCAUCAUUCAAACAGGAUACAACAAAGAUCUUUAAUUUUUUCAUUUGCAAAUAUGGCAACCACAAGUAAUCUUGAAAACAUACAAAUAGCAAAAAAUAAUCAUUUAAAUUUAGAAAAGUCACCAUAUUUAUUGCAACAUGCUACUAAUCCAGUUGAUUGGUAUCCAUGGUGUGAUGAAGCUUUAGAAAAAGCAAAAAAAGAGGACAAAUGUAUUUUUUUAUCUGUUGGUUAUUCUACAUGUCAUUGGUGUCAUGUUAUGGAAAAAGAAUCUUUUAAAAAUAAAGAAAUUGCUAUAAUAAUGAAUAAAAAUUUCAUUAAUAUAAAAGUAGAUAAAGAAGAGAGACCAGAUGUCGAUAGGAUAUAUAUGACUUUUGUACAAGCAACAACUGGUCAUGGUGGAUGGCCAAUGAGUGUCUUUCUUACUCCUGAUUUAAAACCUAUAUUUGGUGGAACUUAUUUUCCUCCAGAAGAUACAUCUAGACAAACAGGAUUUAAGACAAUUUUACUAAAUAUUGCACAAAAGUGGAAUCAAUCCAAAACUAAAAUUAAUGAAGCUGGUUCUACAAAUCUUGAAAUUUUACAAAAUAUUUCUAAAAUUCCACAUACAUCUAAGGUACAUGAUAUAGCUUCCUUAGAAUCUAGUGAAAUUUGUAUUCAACAACUUGAAAAUGAAUUUGAACCUAAAUUUGGUGGAUUUGGUUCUACAUAUAAUAUGCAAUCACCAAAAUUUCCACAGCCAGUAAAUUUUAACUUUUUAUUUCAUAUGUAUGCACGUCAACCCAAUGGAGAUCUUGCGCGACUUUGUUUACAUAUGUGUGUAUAUACUUUAAAAAAAAUGUCUUAUGGAGGAAUUCAUGAUCAUGUAGGCCAGGGAUUUUCAAGAUAUGCUACUGAUGGUGAAUGGCAUGUUCCUCAUUUUGAAAAGAUGUUAUAUGAUCAAGCUCAAUUAAUGAAAUCAUAUGCAGAUGCAUAUCUUGCUACUAAAAAUAAUUAUUUUGCUGAAAUUGUGAAUGAUAUUGCUACGUAUGUAAUAAGAGAUCUUCGACACAAGGAAGGUGGAUUUUAUAGUGCUGAAGAUGCAGAUUCUUAUCCUACAUAUGAUGCAUCUGCAAAGAAAGAAGGUGCUUUUUAUGUAUGGACUGCUAUGGAAAUUAAAUCACUUUUAAAUAAAAAACUUUUACUUUCUGAUGAAAAACAUAUUAAGCUUUCUGAUGUUUUUUGUCAUCAUUUCAACGUAAAGGAAUUAGGAAAUAUAAAAUCAUAUCAAGAUCCACAUGGAGAACUUGAAGGAAAAAAUGUAUUAAUAAUGUACAAUGAAAUUGAAGAAACAGCUAAGCAUUUUAAUCUUCCAGUUGAAGAAGUGAAAAUGCAUCUGAUGGAAGCGUGUUCUAUUUUAUAUAAAACUAGAUCUACAAGGCCGAGACCUCAUUUAGAUGAUAAAAUAAUUACAGCAUGGAAUGGUCUCAUGAUUAGUGGUUUAGCUUUUGGAGGAAUAGCUGUAAAUAACAAACAAUAUAUUGAGUAUGCAGUAGAUGCUAUAAAAUUUAUUAAACGACAUCUUUUUGAUAAAACAAAAAAUAUAUUACUCCAUAGUUGUUAUCGCGACGAAAAAAAUAUAAUUACACAAAUGAGUACACCUAUACCAGGUUUUUUAGACGAUUAUGCAUUUCUUAUAAAAGGAUUGUUAGAUUUAUAUGAAUCUGAUUUAAACGAAGAAUGGCUCGAAUUUGCUGAGAAAUUACAAGAUCUUCAAGAUCAAUUUUUUUGGGAUGAAACAAAUGGUGGAUAUUUUUCGACAACAUCGAAUGAUCCUAGUAUAAUUCUCAGGCUUAAGGAAGCCUGUGACGGAGCAGAACCAUCCGGUAACUCAAUUGCUGCCGAAAAUUUAUUAAGAUUGGCAGAUUAUUUGGGACGUAGUGAAUUUAAAGAUAAAGCUGUGCGUCUUUUUGGAACAUUUAGACAUUUACUAAUUAAAAGACCUGUUUCAAUUCCACAGCUAGUAUCGGCUCUUAUACGUUAUCAUGAUGAUGCAACACAGAUUUAUGUGGUUGGUAAACGGAAUGCCAAGGAUACUGAUGAUUUACUUAGCGUUAUAUAUAAACGUUUAAUACCAGGAAGGAUACUUUUUUUAAUUGAUCAUGAUAAAACAAAUAGCAUAUUAUUUCGUAAAAAUGAACAUUUCAGAAAUAUGAAGCCUGUGAAUAAUCGAACAACGGUUUAUAUAUGCAAACAUUGUACGUGUUCUUUACCUGUUACAAAUUCUGAACAAUUAGCAAUAUUGCUAGAUGAACAGUAAUAAAAAAAGUAUUUUAAUUAUUAUUAAUUAAUAAUUAUAUUCAAUAAUAAAAAUGAUUUUAUCUUUACAUGAGAUUAUAAAUUAUAAAAAUAGCAAAAUAAUAAAAUUUCAAA